AUGGCCCUGGUGCUCGCAGAUGGCGAGUGCGACCUGGAGACCACCAAGUCGAGUCGAGCCCGAUCCAUUGUCGAGGUGGAUGAAACGGCCUUUGACCUCUAUCGGAUGCUGCAGAGCAGCCGAGGUACCCACAUGCCCUGCUUCGAUCAGCACCUGCCUGCCAACUCUUUGAGCCCAAGCCACACGGUGGUCUUACAUGGGGAACCAGGUUCAGGGAAGUCGGUGCUCCUGCGCAACCUCCUUUCUUCCUACGUGCUUCCCCAGGACGCGGGCGGCCACUGUCUGCCCGCGGUCUUCAUCGACCCCGACCACUCCCUGGACCUGUCGCUACUGGCGCGACUUCUGAAGGUGAAAGCUGAGCAUACCGGCACGGCAGAAGACGUGGUCCGGGAGGUCGUCAGCGAGUCCCUGAGCAGAGUUCUGGUGUUCCGCCCCAAGGAGCCCAUCGACCUCCUACACCAGCUGAGCGAGCUUCGUGCCGUCUUCGCAGAGAAUCCGACGGCUGGACUGCUGGUGGUGGACUCGAUGUCCGCCUGGCAAUCCGUCACCGCAGCCUUCCCGAGAUCUGCGGGAUCUGUCGUGCGAGAGUGCUGGCAGGCAAUCGCACGUCUGCAGCAUGAGUCGUCUAUCGCGGCCGUGGUGUCGUACCGAGACGCCGGGGUGGAUGCACCAGGCACCUUCUUGCACUUGGGCGUGGGGCGAUGCCCCAAAGUUCAGGGACCUGAGUCGGACCCACAGACGUCCCUGGUUGGUACUGCUACGGAGAUGACUGGCAUGGCCGGCAAAGGAAAGGGCAUGCCGGGCUCGAUGAUGGGUGCUUGGGGGAGCUGGGGCAAGGGCGAUUGGGACAUGGGUUGGGGAAAAGGCGGCGGCUGGGAUUCAGGUGGCUGGGACGCAGGCUGGAGCGCGGGAGGCUGGGGGGCUGGGCAGAAAGGCGGCUUCAAAGGAGGCUGGGAGCUGGGGGCCCAGAACAGCUGGGAGAAGGGGGGAUGGAGCAAGGGGGGAGGUUGGGACAAGGGAGCUGGCUGCAGUGGUGGCUAUGGAGCGGAUAAAGGCUGGGCCAAAGGUGCCGCCUGCCAAGGAGGGCCAUACAGACGCCAGGCUUCAUCUAACAGUCAUUCCAGGCCUGUCCUUUGGUGUGACGUUCACGAGCAGCUGCUCAUUUGGGCAGCAGAGACCAUGACGCUUCCGCAUAACUUCCGCCUGUCGGGGCUACUGGCUUUGACUGGCUACUUCACCUGCGACCACCUUUGCAGGAUCUUGUGCGGGGCGAACCUCAUAUUGGUGCCCAUCCGGCUUCUUGGUGGGGAUUGCGGCAUCCUGACUAUCACCAGCGUCACGCUGAGCGAUGGUAACCCUGCUCACAUCCUCAGGAGGGCCAUGUACAGCUCGGGCACCUACCAAGCCAUUGGAGCUCGGGCCCUGGGCCUUUUAGGGGUUUGGGGGUUCGGCUUUCGGGUUUAG